UACUUCCUAAACCCUUGGCCGCCUCAGGCCUUUUGUAUGCAGAGACAGGGAUCGAAGAGGUUUCUGCUAAUCUGAUACGAAAAAUGGCGUUCAGAGGGAAGGAGAUUAUGAAGAAAGUUCUUAAGAAAGUGGGAGAGCAUAAUUUGGCUCCUGGAGUGAAGGAAUCUCUGGAGAAAUACAUGCCCAAAAACAAGGUUGUCAUGGGUCGCGCGAAACGCGGUGUCUAUGCCGGCCGACACAUCCAGUUUGGCAACCGUGUCAGUGAAGGUGGCGGCAACAAGACAAGGAGAACUUGGAAACCUAAUGUCCAAGAGAAACGACUCUUCAGUUAUAUCCUGGAUCGCCACAUUCGUGUUAAGGUUACCACCCAUGCCCUUCGUUGCAUUGACAAAGCAGGUGGGAUUGAUGAAUACUUCCUGAAAACUCCAUAUCACAAGUUAGACACAGAACUUGGCCUCUUCUGGAAAGCCAAAAUCGAGAAGCUGUACGAGGAACUUGGGAAGAUGGAAGUUGCGUUCUUUUCACCAGAGGAUGAACAGAAGUUUGAACAGGGUUUUCAAGAAUUGAAACUGUCUGAAAGGGAAGCACGUAGGGAAUUGCGAAGGAAAAUGUACACCGGAAUGAAGGAACACAAGCAGAUUGAGCCAGAACAUAAAGAUGAACGAUCCACUAGUAAUGGAAUUGAGGAAGAGAUAUCACAUGAAUCUCAAGAACAGUUGGCUGCGGUUUCAUACAUACUAGCUGCUGACCAUCUCAAAGCGGGAAGUUUAGUUGCUAAUUACUAAUUUUUUUUUGUUCCGGAACUUAUAUCUCCAUGUAAGCUGUUGGAGUUUUUGAACCGUUUGUUUUCCGCCAUCAACUUCUCGAUUUCUUCACUCAUUUGGUUCUCUUGUAUCUUCACUCAACGGGACUUCAUGAUAGCCAAUUUGGUGAAUAGUAAUACUCUCAUGUAAUAAGACAUUGAUAACGUUUGUAGCCCGUGGUGGAUCUAGGAUCCGAGGGCAGAGCAGGCGGUUUUUUUUCCCCAAUGAAAAUAACAAUAUUAUCAAUA